ACAGGAAGUGGGCGCAACAGAAAUUAGGGUCGGUCACUCGAAAAAAAAAAACAUUUAGAGGCAAAACAAUAAAGAUAAGAUCAGUUGUACAAUUAUCGUACAGUUUGAGUUGUUAUUGGAGAUGUAUAAAAUGUUUAUGUAGCUUUAAUGCCCAGAUGCAAUUUGUUGUAUAGAAUUCUUUGAAAUUUAUCUAAGUUUUGCAAAGCUGAAAAUUCCCUCGUAGUCACGGUAUGUUCUGGUAUCUGGACUCAUGGCUUCGCCUCUUAAUAAGACCCGUCUUCAACAAAGGCAAACUGGGGCCUCGGCUCAAUUUUCUUUAUCUGUCACACUGUCUUUGCUCUUGUGGAAGUUCAAGCUUACAGCCAAAUACUACAAUUCCUUAAUUCCUCACAGGGAACUGGGUCCCUGUGUAACGUGAGCAUCACACACCGUCAGAAGUUGGGGGAAAGUUCAUUGAAUUAGUUUGAGUGCUCUGCAGAAUUAAAUCCCUGCAUAGAAAUCCCAUGUUAAUGGCAGGUUGAACUCCCACGGUGUCCUUUUCCUCCCACUUCUUGAGGUGUAGAGUUACUAGGAAGAUGGGAAUGAGACAAAAUCCCGGCCAAGUCAAACUUGUGGGGUGAGAUCUGUAGGCAAUGGCAAAGAGAAAGCAGCCUCAACCAAUAGGGAGAGCAGAGGCCUUCCUCCACGCAGAGAUUUCCUUCAGCACCAUGCUAACAGGGCCUCCUCACAGAGGUCCCAUUGUGUACGGGCCUGUGGAUCCCCCUGUACAUGAAAGCAACACAUGCCAGAGUUUCACCCCAGGAAAAGGGUCAUGCAUGCGGGUGUACAGUGUGGGGUGGGUGCUCUGCGAGUGACCAAAAGCAAUCUGCUCUGGUCCAAUCGGUCUCAGUGCCUACCUUCACACGUAAGCGGUAGGGCACUCGGGUCUGCCAGAGCACACAGCCCUUCACAUACACACACACACCAACACACUUGUCACAUUUUUGCACACACACACACACACACACAUACACACACACACACACAUAUACACCCUCCCUUUUCAAGGCACCCUGUGCGACCUCUCACCAUUGGCCAAGUCCCGGAGCCCUCAGCAUCUCCAUCACGGCUGAAGGGACCAUUCGGGAAAGCAGGACACAGAGGUGGACUAUGAGGAUGCUUGUGCGGCUUGUGCUGGGACUCUUCGUCCUCAAAGCGGUGGUGGCCAGCCCCAGGUUUUCUCGACAAGCCGACUUGGACUCAUACGACACGGACAACUACGAUGUGGACAUAGACGAUUUAAAUUCAGAGAACCAGGAAAAUUACGACUAUGAAGAUGGGAUGACAACUGCUGAUCCCGAGGUAGAGAUCGGAAGGCUGGACCCAGACGACUACAACCUAGGAGAAAAGGAAGACGAAGAAGAGGAGGAGGCAGUGGAGCUGCCCCUGAAGCCCUUUGUCGUCCCUCAGGGUUCAGGGGGAUCUGGGGUUCUCAUGGGUCCGAACACACAGAAAGAGGUGGAGCUGCGUCUGGCGCCCAGUGAAGUCCUACAUAUUUCCGGGGAUUUUGAGGGCUCUGUAGGGUCUGAAACCUCAGCAGCUUCUGGGGCUUCUGGGUCUGGGGUCUCAGGACACCUACUGGUCUCUGGUGACUCUGGGAGUUCUGGUGACAUUGUCUUUACCUCUGGCGCCUCUCAUGAACUUUUCAGCUCUGGGGCUUCUGACGAUAACGUCAGAAUCUCUGGAGAGGAGCUCCUCGGCUCUAGUGGCUCUGGUGAAAUUCUAGUAAUCUCGGGAGCCUCUGGGGAGCUUCUUGGCUCAGGGGGUUCUGGUGACAGUGUCAGAAUCUCUGGGGCCUCUGAUUAUUCUGGGGGUUCAGGUGACAUUCUCCUGAUUUCUGGAGCAUCUGAGGAACUCCUCAGCUCCGGGGGUUCUGGUGACAGUGUCUCUGGAGCCUCUGGGGAGGAACUUCUCGGUUCUAGUGCUUCUGGUGAGAUUGUCCUAAUCUCGGGAGCCUCUGAGGAACUCCUAGGUUCUGGAGACAUUAUCCAUAUCUCUGGAGCCUCUGAGCUACUCUUUAGCUCGAGUGGCUCCGGGGAGUUCUUGGUAUCAGGCGAUGUCCUGAUUUCUGGAGAUCUCUCCGGAUCCGGGGAUUCCUCUGGAUUCACAGAAACCACAACGUCUGGAGCCUCUGGAGACCUUGGCUCUGGGGGUUCUGGGAUCUCAGGCUCCGGAGUGUCUGGGGACCAGUCUGGUUCUGGGUUCUCUGGUGAUCUUUUGAGCUCAGGGGCCCCUGACAGCUCUGGGGUUUCUGGGGUCUCUGGCGAGUCUGGGGACGUAGAGAUAACUCUGUUGCCUGGAGAGGAGGAGCUGCCCCUCAUUCCCACCUCCCCCCCCCAUGAGGUAACCGGGGAUUCUGAGGAGAUAUCAGGGGUUUCUGGAAUCUCAGGGGCCUCAGGGAAAACUGAAACCUCUGGCGACUUAACUGUCCCUGAAACCUUUGAGACUUCUGGUGUCUCUGGAGAGACUGAGGUCCCUGAGGUGAUUUUGCUCCCUGAUGAUCAUGAUGAAGAAGAGGAGGAGCGGCUUCCGACCACACCACAAACCUCUCAGGAGGUUGGUGGCACUAUAGAAGGCUCAGUGAGCCUUGAAUUGCCAGAGCCUCUCGAACCUGAGGAGCCUGGUGUUACUGUGACUCUCCCAGGUAUGCCCACUUGCUUGCUGUGCACCUGUCUUGGUGGCUCGGUCUACUGCGAUGACUUGAAGCUGGACAGUGUACCGCCUCUCCCCAAAGACACCACUCACUUCUACGCCCGCUACAACCGCAUCACCAAGAUCCACAAGUCGGACUUCGCCUCCAUGAACAAACUGAAGAGAAUCGACUUAACCGCCAACGAGAUUAAGACCAUUGAUGAGAAAGCAUUCUUGGGUCUCCCUGAACUGGAGGAGCUGGUGAUUCGGGAAAAUCACCUCUCACAGCUGCCUGCCCUCCCAGAGACCAUGACCCUGAUCGACGCCAGCCAUAACUACAUCGGCAGCAGGGGUAUUCACAAAGAGGCCUUCAAAGAUAUGACUAGCCUGCUGUACCUGUACCUGACGGACAACAACAUCGAUUACAUCCCUGUGCCUCUGCCAGACAGCCUGCGAUCUCUACACCUGCAGAAUAACAAUGUCCAGAUGAUGCACGAGGACACAUUCUGCAACCUGAAAGACUUCAACUACAUCAGGAACGCGCUCGAGGACAUCCGUUUGGACGGAAACCCCAUCAACCUCAGCAAGACCCCGCAGGCUUACAUCUGCCUGCCACGCAUACCCAUCGGGGAUCUCAUUUAACCACACAGACACAUAGCAACCCAUGAAUUCAACCACAUCUUUGUACAUACUGUUAUACAGAUACCGUUCGUUCACUCGUCAGCCAGUCGGUUGAUUGCAACAGCAUUUUGACACUGCUCACAUGCUGCUGAUGUCUGCUGCAGUUCAAUAAGUCUCUGUGGAAAUGUGUGUCUCCAAGGGCCACCAACACAUGAAUCAGUCAGACACUAGUGGUCAAGCACAUAUACACUGCUCUACUCCUCACGCCAGGUACCGUCACUCAAACAAAUCUCCACAAAGACAGUAAGUGACAUUCAGAGUAACCAGUUCAUUAAAUAACGUGUCUGUUCAAGACUGGCAAAAGCAACCAGUAAGUUGGUUGAGACGUAUUUGUUUUGUAAAAAUAUUAAACUUAUUGAUUACACUUUCAAAAAUGUAUACUCCCAUGAACGUAUUGAAGCUGGAGCUUAAUGAAAGGACAAUUGAGAAUCCAUUGCAAUAAAAGACGCAUUUAAACACAAUUCUUUGUUGUAAAGUCUGUACUGUAAUAUAAAAUUAUAUAUUCAGAUUUUUUUUACAUGAAUUGCAGUAUCUGGUAUAUUAAAUUUCAAAAGGCAAUGUUUUAACUGUGCACAAUAGCUUAUAUCAAAGAGUCUAAUGUCUAGAGUGGUCAAAUAAAAACUAAUGUAUAAUUUGGGAGGGGGGCUGUUCAUUUUGAUUAUGGACGGGGUUGAGAAUAAUUCUAGCUCGCUGUUGUGUGCUCUGUAUGGAAUAACCACAAGUGAAUAAAGUUGAUUUAAACACCUCCCUGAA